GUGGCGCUGGAGGUAGGAGCGCCUGGAGCGGAGCUUUAUUCCCAGGCUUGGCACCGGCGCUGUCAUUAGCGCCUCCUGCUCCCGCGGGCCCGCGGACCCAGCUGUCAGGCAAGGCGGGCGAAGCAAAAUGAGAGUGCAGUGAGCCGGCCCAGCCUCUCUCCCAGCCGUCCCCAACGCCCACCAUGAACCAGUCGGAGGGGGCCGCGGAGGUGGAGGUGAGCGACGAGGCGGCAGGCGGGGAGGUGAACGAGUCGGUGGAGGCCGACCUGGAGCGCCCCGAGGUGGAGGAGGAGCAGCCGCAGCCGCAGCCGCAGUACGCGGGCCGGCCGCCUCGCGGGCCCGCCGUCGCCGAGGACCUCAGCGCCCAGCCCGGGCCGCAGGAGGAGGAGGAGCGCGGGGAGUGUCUGGCGCGCUCGGCCAGCACCGAGAGCGGCUUCCACAACCACACGGACACGGCCGAGGGCGACGUGAUCGCCGCGGCUCGCGAUGGCUAUGACCCGGAGCGCGCCCAGGACCCCGAGGACGAGAGCGCCUACGCCGUGCAGUACCGGCCCGAGGCCGAGGAGUACACGGAACAGGCGGAGGCCGAGCACGCCGAGGCCACGCACCGCCGCGCGCUGCCCAACCACCUGCACUUCCACUCGCUGGAGCACGAGGAGGCCAUGAACGCGGCCUACUCGGGCUACGUCUACACGCACCGGCUCUUCCACCGCGGCGAGGACGAGCCCUACGCCGAGCCCUACGCCGACUACGGGGGCCUCCAGGAGCACGUGUACGAGGAGAUCGGGGACGCACCCGAGCUAGACGCGCGCAACGGGCUGCGGCUGUACGAGCAGGAGCGCGACGAGGCGGCCGCGUACCGCCAGGAGGCCCUGGGCGCGCGGCUGCACCACUAUGACGAGCGCUCGGACGGCGAGUCCGACAGCCCCGAAAAGGAGGCCGAGUUCGCGCCCUACCCGCGAAUGGACAGCUACGAGCAGGAGGAGGACAUCGACCAGAUCGUGGCGGAGGUCAAGCAGAGCAUGAGCUCGCAGAGCCUCGACAAGGCGGCCGAGGACAUGCCGGAGGCUGAACAGGACCUGGAGCGCGCCUCCACCCCCGGAGGGGGCCGCCCCGACAGCCCCGGGCCACAAGCCCCGGCUGGGCAGCAGCGGGCCGUGGGCACUGCGGGCGGCGAGGCGGUGCAGCGGUACAGCAAGGAGAAGAGGGAUGCUAUCUCGCUGGCCAUCAAGGACAUCAAGGAGGCCAUCGAGGAGGUGAAAACCAGGACCAUCCGUUCGCCUUACACCCCCGACGAACCCAAAGAGCCUAUCUGGGUCAUGCGCCAGGACAUUAGCCCCACGAGAGAUUGUGAUGACCAGAGGCCGGGGGAUGGAGAUUCUCCCUCGCCAGGCAGUUCCUCACCCCUGGGCGCAGAGUCUUCAAGUUCACUCCUUCAUCCCAGUGACCCCGCGGAGGCCUCCGCGAACAAAGAGUCAAGAAAAAGCUUGGCUUCAUUCCCAACCUACGUUGAAGUUCCCGGACCUUGUGACCCCGAAGACUUAAUUGAUGGAAUCAUUUUUGCUGCCAAUUACCUUGGCUCCACCCAGCUGCUAUCAGACAAAACUCCCUCCAAAAACGUGCGCAUGAUGCAGGCCCAGGAAGCAGUGAGCAGGAUCAAGAUGGCCCAGAAAUUAGCCAAAAGCAGGAAGAAGGCUCCUGAAGGCGAAUCUCAGCCAAUGACUGAAGUGGAUCUCUUCAUUUCUACACAGAGAAUCAAAGUACUGAAUGCUGACACGCAGGAGACAAUGAUGGACCACCCUCUGAGGACCAUUUCCUACAUCGCAGACAUCGGGAAUAUUGUCGUGCUGAUGGCCCGCAGGCGGAUGCCACGCUCCAACUCCCAGGAGAACGUGGAAGCCUCGCACCCGUCCCAGGAUGGGAAAAGGCAGUACAAGAUGAUCUGCCAUGUCUUCGAGUCUGAGGACGCCCAGCUGAUUGCGCAGUCCAUCGGGCAAGCGUUUAGCGUGGCAUACCAGGAAUUCCUCAGGGCCAACGGGAUUAACCCUGAAGAUCUCAGCCAGAAGGAGUAUAGUGACCUGCUCAACACCCAGGACAUGUACAAUGAUGACCUGAUCCACUUCUCCAAGUCGGAAAACUGCAAAGAUGUCUUCAUAGAGAAGCAGAAAGGAGAGAUCCUAGGUGUGGUGAUCGUGGAGUCCGGCUGGGGCUCCAUCCUGCCCACCGUGAUCAUAGCCAACAUGAUGCACGGAGGGCCGGCAGAGAAGUCGGGGAAGCUGAACAUCGGGGACCAGAUCAUGUCCAUCAACGGCACCAGCCUGGUGGGCCUGCCUCUGUCCACCUGCCAGAGCAUUAUUAAGGGCUUGAAGAACCAGGCCCGGGUGAAGCUGAAUAUCGUGAGGUGUCCUCCGGUGACCACCGUGCUGAUCCGGAGACCAGACCUGCGCUACCAGCUGGGCUUCAGCGUCCAGAACGGAAUUAUCUGCAGCCUCAUGCGAGGGGGAAUCGCCGAGAGAGGAGGAGUCCGCGUGGGCCAUCGGAUCAUCGAAAUCAACGGGCAGAGCGUGGUGGCCACCCCCCACGAGAAGAUCGUCCACAUCCUCUCCAACGCGGUCGGGGAGAUCCACAUGAAGACGAUGCCGGCUGCCAUGUACAGACUGCUGACCGCCCAGGAGCAGCCCGUGUACAUCUGAGCCGCGCCCACCGCCUGGCCAUGCAUGGAGGACUCGCCUCGCUUGUGGUUGUGUUUUUCGUGCUGCAUCUGUGUGCCCACUGAGACAUUUCCCUCUCAUGCCCAGCAUUCGGUCUCACACAGGAAGGAAAGAAUCCGUAAAGACCUCUUGGCUCUCUGUCUCUCUGGUUUGCUUUUUGUUUUAAUACCAGGGAAGUUUUGUUUGCAUUCCCUUGAGGAUGGAGAGCAGCCAGUAUCCAGCUGGUAUCUGCCCAGGACUGGACUGUCCUGAAGGGCCAUGGGGUGGACAAGGAGGGCUGUCACGGCCCAAGGGGAAACCCUCCCUUCCCAAGGGAGCUCGGGGAAGGGGGAGGGGCAGUGAAGAAGCUGACUCAGCAGUGCCUAUAAUUCAGUCUCUGAUCUCUGCUUUCCUCCAGUCAGUUUGUGGGAAUACGGUAGUAAUGGGACCAGCCCAGGUCUUUAAGGAUAUGCCCUGCCCACCAUGCACAUGGGUUGGGGCCCCAUACAUUAUUUCUGCCCAGAAUUUCUGAGCCAACCUUCGGCCUCUUUUAUAGCUCAUUUUAAUUUCAACCUCAUUGUUUUCUAACAGGGGCCUCCUCCCCCAAGGGUAGAAGGGGAACUGCCUUGGACAAGAAUAGCAUCAAGUUGUUGGCAAUUCCAGGGACAUCCAUAGAUUCGCUAGGUUGUCCUGAGGUUACACACCAUUAGAUGAACACGGGCGGGUGCUGUCUGCUUCCACCCACUCCACACACCCGCAUGUACACAGUCUCGUUGGCUAUAUCUCACCUUUCCCUCCUCCCCUCCGCUCAGGAGGCACACGGAGCCCCUGGACAACCCCAGUACCUCUGUGAGGCCCCUCCCCCUGGCUGGUCAGCUCUGUCCCCAGAGGGGCCCCUUUGGUGGGUGAGGCCUGGCCCUGCCAGCAGCACCUUGGCUCACAGUGUUCUAGAGGGCUCCUCGUGCCCCCCCCCACACACACACACACACACUCGUAUACGGGGAGUCUGAGAAGGUAGGACUGCUCACCUGGAAGACGAGGAAGCAAGUGCAUUUGUGUUACAUUUUCUUCUCCGCUCAGGGCCACUAGGUAGGGUGUGACAUGUAAAAGGCAAGAAGAGUACAUAAACCACAAACUAAGGGGACAGCAGUGACCUCUAGCUAUGCCUAAGAAUCCCCAAUGUGUUCCAGAAACAUCAUCUUGCUGCCUCGUGGGUCCGAGAGUUUAAUCGAUGUGGAGUGUUACGUGUUUUUUAUCAGGUGCCUCAUAUUUAUGGGUUCUGUCUCAGUUUCAGUGCAAAUAUUUUAGUAAUCUUAUUCUGAGCCAGUUUUUACUUAUUCUUUGGUCCAAAGAGCCUUUUGUUUUCAUGUGGAUGGGGUGUGGCUUGGUUUGGUUUUUGUUUUGUUUCGUUCAUGACCUCAGCGGAGACGGGGAAAGAGAAACUAAUAUAUUUUAUAAUAUUAAUAGAGUCCCUGUUCUCUGCACUGGGGAUGUUUAUGUUGUUUGUGGCAACAGGAAUUUGGUGAGCACGUGUUGGGUAGUACGUA